GACCUUACGACUCCUCCGCUGUAUUUUUAGAUACCUGGCAUCAUUCUAUACCCUGACACUACUGUUUCUACGCAGCAUGUCCUUCAACAAAUUCAUUCUAUACGAGAACAAACUCCGGUUCUACAUCGUUGUCUCGAAUGCCGCAGACUCAAGACAUAAAAUCAUCAAGAUUGAUCGUACUACGCAGGGAGAGGAGCUCAAUGUUGUUGAAGACGAUGCGACGUACAGCGGAAAGCAGAUGACUGCUAUGCUGAAGAUGCUUGAGGAUGGAAACAGAGCGAACGGUGGUCUCGGUAAGCCAAAGCUAUUCUUUGGAGUCGCCGGAUUCAUCAGGUUUACUGCGGGGUGGUAUAUGGUGCUCAUAUCGAGACGAUGCCCCGUGGCUCUUCUCGGUGGACACUACAUCUACCACACCGAAGAAGUCGACACACUGGCGGUGUCAUCGAACCACAAGGUCGAUAAACCCGCUGAGGAGCAGAGGCUUAUGAAUAUCUGGAAGCAGGUCGACCUCACCAAGAACUUCUACUUCAGCUACUCAUACGAUCUGACAUCGACUCUGCAACACAACCUCGCUCGUCCGAAUGCCCGCCGAAUGUUCAACGACCGCUUCGCGUGGAACUACCAUAUGCUGACCCGUGCAUUCCAAGACUCAUCCAUGUCGGACAGCGACAAGCAGCGAGAUGUACACCUUAUAUCUCAGUGGAUAGUCCCGCUUGUUCAUGGGCACGUCGACCAAGCCAAGCUGACUGUUCUCGGACGCGUAAUUUUCGUUACACUCAUAGCGCGUCGUUCAAGACAUCACGCGGGCGCACGAUAUCUCAAGCGUGGAGUUAAUGACGAGGGCAAUGUCGCAAACGAGGUUGAGACGGAACAGAUCGUCUCCGAAAUGCUAACUACACCUUUCUACUACCCUGCGCCACUGUCGUCUUCGAGUAUCGAAGAGAAGAACCCGAGUCGGCCUCCAAGGCGACCUAGCCCAAAUUUUACUAGUUUCGUCCAGUACCGUGGUAGUAUACCGGUUUAUUGGACGCAGGAGACAAACGCUAUGGUGCCCAAGCCCCCGAUAGAAAUCAGCGUGAUGGACCCGUUCUACACUGCGGCAUCGAAGCAUUUCGACGACUUAUUUGCGCGGUACGGCGCGCCGAUCACGAUACUGAAUUUGAUAAAGAAGCGAGAGCCGCAGCCGCGGGAAAGCAAGCUACUGCAAGAGUAUACCAACUGCGUUAAUUACCUGAAUCAGUUCCUGCCUCCGGGGAAGAAGAUGUUGUACCGUGCAUGGGAUAUGAGCUACGCAUAUAAGCAGAAGACGCUGGAUGUCAUUGGGUAUCUCGAGGAUAUCGCAGAAGAGAGCAUCAUGAUGACGGGCUUCUUUCACUCAGGCCCCGAACCUUACAGCCACUUCCUACGGAACGAAAUUGAAUAUGAGACAACAGGUAUAGAAAUCCCCUGGCGCAGCCGCAUCUCCCUGCAGAAUGGCAUCUGUCGCACAAACUGUGUGGACUGCCUUGACCGCACGAACGCUGCGCAAUUUGUGUUCGGAAAGCGCGCGCUAGGGCAUCAGCUCUACGCGUUAGGUGUCGUCGACUCGCCCAACCUGGCUUUCGACAGCGACGCAGUGAACAUGCUUACAGAGAUGUACCACGACCAUGGUGACACGCUGGCGAUGCAGUAUACAGGCAGUGCGCUUGUCAAUCGCGUCGAAACCUACCGCAGAAUGCCGCACUGGAACAGUCACUCGCGCGACAUCAUCGAGAAUUUCCGGCGGUUCUAUACCAACUCGCUACUCGACGCGGACAAGCAGGCAGCCAUCAACCUAUUCCUCGGCAUUCGGAGCGACCGGCCCAUUACGCAGUACGUCCAACGUGGGUCGUACCGCGCCUGGUUCAAGAAAGAGCAUCUUGAACCUGCGUACGACAUCGACGAAUGUGAGAGGGGCAUCCAACAGUUUGUACAGGAGCGGGGCGACUUCUGGGUCGAGUACUAUCGCCCGCUGCUGUUUACCAGCCUGGGGAAGCACUUCGUGUAUCUGAUGAAUAGUACACUGAAACUGCCUGGGAAUAGUACACAUGACAUCGAGCAGCACAGGAACCCAAGCCCGUUCAUGCCCAGACACAUCACUGUGCACCAUCCACCGCGCCUCAUGGAUGGCGUGCGUCGCUGGAUGUCCUCAGGCUCGCCAACAAACCGAAAGACCACACAUGUCGAAGCGUGGCAUGUCCCACCAUCCAAGGCGUCUAAGACGGAGCUCAGACCUGACAAGAAUUCGACUGAGUACAUUGCCGCCGCGCUCCUCGAUCCGAACGUUCCGCCCGAGGAAGAGGCGGAAUACGAAUCGUACGUCACUCAGUGUCAGGAGCUCUCGCGUGCGCCGCAGGAGUACGCUGCGCGUAAGGACCAACGGAUAUACGACGGCGCAGUUUCGCUAGCGAGCUGUGGCACCGAUGCUGCCAGUGUGAGAGAUAAGGACGUCGACCUAUACACAGGAUAUGUGGAGAAAGGCCGGCCGUUCACCUCGGAUUUCGUGAGUGAGAAGGAGCAGCUUCCCGUUCAAUUUGACUACGAGAAGUGGCUAAGUGGUAUCUCGUAAGCAUAGCUGUUUGCAUUUCGCAAAGUGCAAACUUGUGCAUGGACUACACACCCCUGUAUUAAGUUUCAUUCGGGAGGAACAUGGUUACAGUGCCU